AUGGGAGACACCAUGGAAAAAAGUAUAGAAGGACCCCUCACUCCUCUGGAUGAGGCUCCUUCCAGGAAGAGAGGGGAUAUAGUGGAAAUCUUGAAUGGUGAAAAGGUGAAAUUUGAUGACACGGAGCUCUCGAGAAUCCUGCAGAAUGGCUUGGAGAACCUGCGACUGGAAAACUCUCUGACCGACGUCAUCUUGUGCGUGGACAUUCAGGAAUUCUCCUGCCACCGGGCAGUGCUGGCCGCAGCCAGCAAUUAUUUCAGGGCCAUGUUCUGUAAUGACUUAAAGGAGAAAUAUGAGAAGAAAAUCAUCAUCAAAGGUGUGGAUGCAGAAACUAUGAAUAUUCUCUUAGACUAUACGUACACGAGUAAGGCUCUCAUUACCAAACAGAAUGUCCAGCGGGUCUUGGAAGCUGCCAGCCUCUUCCAGUUCCUAAGGAUGGUAGAUGCCUGUACCAAUUUUCUCACUGAAGCCCUCAACCCUGAAAACUGUGUUGGGAUCCUGAGACUGGCAGACACACACUCCUUGGAUCACCUGAAGAAGCAAGUUCAAGGCUACAUUAUUCAGAAUUUCACUCAAAUCUUGAACUAUGAUGAAUUCCUGGAGCUCCCUGUGGACACCCUCCACUAUGCCCUGAAGAGUGAUGAUCUGUACGUCACUGAGGAAUCCCAAGUAUUUGAGAUGGUGAUGUGCUGGGUUCGGCAUAAACAGUCGGAGAGACUUUGUCUGCUCCCGUAUGUCCUAGAGAAUGUCCGCUUGCCUCUUCUGGACCCUUGGUAUUUUGUGGAGACGGUGGAAGCAGAUCCACUUAUCCGACAAAGCCCUGAGGUCUUCUCGCUUCUGCAGGAGGCAAGGAUGUAUCAUCUCUCUGGCAAUGAGAUCAUUUCAGAGAGAACCAAGCCCAGGAUGCAUGAGUUCCAGUCCGAGGUGUUUAUGAUCAUUGGAGGUUGCACAAAAGAUGAGAAAUUUGUGGCCGAAGUGACCUGCCUGGACCCACUGAGGCGCAGCCGCCUGGAAGUAGCCAAGCUCCCAAUUACUGAGCAGGAACUGGAGACGGAGAAUAAAAAGUGGGUGGAGUUUGCCUGUGUGACCUUAAAAAAUGAAGUCUAUAUAUCAGGUGGUAAAGAAACACAACAGGAUGUCUGGAAAUAUAAUUCUUCUAUCAACAAGUGGAUCCAAAUUGAGUAUUUAAAUAUUGGCCGAUGGAGACAUAAGAUGGCAGUUCUGGGUGGCAAAGUCUACGUCAUUGGCGGCUUUGAUGGGCUACAGAGAAUUAAUAAUGUGGAAACAUAUGACCCUUUCCAUAACUGCUGGUCUGAGGCAGCACCUCUCCUCAUCCACGUGAGCUCCUUUGCUGCUGCCAGCCAUAAGAAGAAGCUCUAUGUGAUUGGGGGAGGACCAAAUGGAAAACUGGCAACAGACAAGACUCAGUGUUAUGAUGCUUCAGCCAACAAGUGGUGUCUAAAGUCAUCCAUGCCAGUUGAGGCCAAAUGUAUCAAUGCUGUCAGCUUCCGGGACCACAUUUAUGUUGUGGGCGGGGCCAUGAAAGCUCUGUAUUCCUACAGCCCAGUGGAGGACAGCUGGUGCCUGGUGACCCAGUUCAGCCAGGAGCGGGCCAGCUGUGGAAUCUCCCCGUGUAACAACAGGCUCUACAUCACGGGGGGCCGCGACGAGAAGAACGAAGUCAUCGCCACGGUGCUGUGCUGGGACACGGAAACUCAGAAACUGACCGAGGAGUGUGUUCUCCCGCGGGGAGUGUCCCACCACGGCAGCGUGACCAUCCGGAAGUCCUACACCCACAUCCGGCGGAUCGUCCCUGGGGCAGUUUCUGUGUGA